CCUAUCAACUUCAUGUCACAGUAGACCCGGUAAUCUUUACAUAGUCAUUAGUACUAUUUUCAUCAAAGAAAUAAGGAGAAGUAUAAGUAGAAGGAACCUCGAGGCUCUCUACGACAUCUAUUUUUUGCUUGGUCAUAAAAGCCUUGCUUCCCAUGUUUGUCAGAACACGUCGAGUUCUCUAACGGUUUUCUGAAAGACUAUGUCGCCCUUCUAAAUUAUGCUAGAGAGCGAAAUUUUCAACAUAUCCCAAAUGGCGAGGGAGGCAAUAUGUUUGCGGAAUUGAAGCGGAAGAUCCGCACAUGUACUUGAGAGGAGUCUACUCCCCAGUAGAGAUCGGGAAUCGAUUCAAGGACGGCCAGUAUCUAGUCGUUGUGGUUAGCAAGGGACACAUUUGUAUCAGGAAUGCUUGCAACGUCGCCUUGAAGAUCAUCCAAAAUGAUGAUAGAACCCAUGAACUUGAGAUCAUGCGGCAUCUACGAGAUUCCUCUAUUGCUCAUGCGAAUGUCACACACGGCGGGCGUAAGUUUGUCGUACAGCUCCUUGACGACUUUGACGUUAGUUCAACGCAUAGAUGUCUAGUUCUAGAAGUCAUGGGAAGGAGUAUAGCAUCUUACGCGGAACAAUGUCCUGGAUGUUGUCUGCCCAGGAGUAUGGCCAAAAAAGUAAUGUAUCAGGUGGCCUUAGGAUUGGACUACCUAUGGAAAUGCCAUGUGGCACAUGGAGAUCUGCACUGGGGAAAUGUUCUUUUCGCUGCUCCCAUAGCGUCCACGUUGGAGGAGAAGCGACUCAAAUCCUACCUUGGGGAACCAGAUCUAGGUUCAGUACAACGACUAGACGGUCGAAUAUUACUUGAGCCUUCAGUGCCUUCUUACCUGGUUAGACCGAAGACGUUUCGAGGUUAUAACGCGGACUUAAGAAUUGUAGACCUAGGUGGUGCAUUUUUUCAUAAUGAUCCUCCCAGAUUACUUCAUACGCCAGUGCACAUGCGCGCACCGGAAGCGCUUUUCAACCGGAAAUUGAGCCCUCGAGUGGACAUGUGGAGUAUGGGUUGCUUGUUGUUUGGAUCAGUGACUGGCAGGUCAUUUGCUAACUCAAUCCUCGCGGACGAAUCCAGCACCAUAGAAGAAAUCCAAUCCUACAUCGGAGCUGCACCGGUGGACUGGAUAAAUCAAUUAGAUGUUAAGGUACGGAAAAGCAUCAACGGACUUGGACUGCGGAGUAUUCCUCUAGAUCGGUACCUUAGGAUCGCGUAUGAUCAGGACGAAGCAGCGUUGGUUGAAGAAGAUGAGGAAAAUUUUCCAGUAGAGGAAUACGAGAAAGCAAAGCGCGAGUUCACAGAUGCGGAGUUAGAUACUUUGAGUUUCCUACUUUUGAAUCUUUUAACGUAUGAUCCGACCAUGAGGUACACACCGGAAAUCUUACUGCAGAGUCAGUUUUUCGAGAAUUGAAGCCAAUUGCCACUUUUUGGUACCUGAAGUAUUCACUCUCUUCAACAAUUUACAACG